CCCCAGCUGCUGAUCAGAAAAAGGUUCAGACGAGUAAAAACUCUCGUGAUAAAAGAAUUUUCUCUCUUCUCUCCUCCUUCUAAUCUUCUUUUGCUUCAUCAGAAUUUUAAAAAAAAAGUCAAAACACCUCCAAGAGCAUCCCACAUCAUCAUCAUUUUCAGACUCUUUCAUUUAUCUCUCGUCUUCCUUUCUUUCUUGUCUUCUGUCUUUCCACUUGCAUAGAUAUUCUGUUGCUUUAUAUAUUGACAACGGCUAAACAACUGUUAUAUAUUUUUUUCGUGGGUUCUUGAAGUUUGAAGAAAAAGAGGGGGAUUCCCUGAAAGUGAAAAAUAGGUUUGGAGGUGAAAGACCGGAUUUUGAGGGGGCCCUUUUGGUUUUUGAGUUAUUUGCUUCAACUUGCAUAGUUGCUUUGUCGCUUCUAAAAACGGCUGGGAACAAAAAUUUCAGUUUCUUGCAAUCCGGUGUUUAUUUGUUUAUUUAUUUUGUGGGCUCUUGGCGUUUGAAGAGCAGAAGGGAAGGACCCUGAGAGUAGAAAUAGGUGUGGAGGUGGAAAGAAAGGAUUUUGAGGUGACCCUUUUGGAUUUUGAGUUGGUUUUUGGCUGGUAAGGAAAGAGAAGAGGUAGUAUGGGUAGUUGUGGAAGAAAUGGUGGUGUAAGACAGUAUAUAAGAUCAAAAGUGCCUCGUUUGAGAUGGACUCCUGAUCUUCAUCACUGUUUUGUACAUGCUAUUGAAAGGCUUGGUGGCCAAGAGAAGGCUACACCAAAGCUUGUUUUACAGAUGAUGGAUGUGAGAGGACUGACUAUUUCUCAUGUCAAAAGCCAUCUCCAGAUGUACAGGAGCAUGAAGAAUGAUGUUGCAAGGCAAGCUGCAGACAGAAACAUCACAAUAGAACCAAGGAAGCAGCAGUCUGUUCAAGAUCUUCAUGAAGGUGGUGUUGAACAAGAAAAUAACAUGGUUUACCUUCAUCCCUUUUCAGAUUCUCAGUUCAUUUACAAUCCUCCCCCUACGAAAAGAGCUAGAAUCGAGAAGAUGAGUUCAAUCUCAGAGAAGCUGCAACGCUGCCAAAGAAUACGUGAGUCAGUCACAUAUGAUCCGUACGGUGAUGAUGAUUAUGGACAGACCACAGCUGAGAAAAGUGGAAUGAUAAAGGAGAAGGAAGAGGGGAGGAGGGAUUUCAGAUGGUGGCAGCAGACUCAUGAAACAGCAACUCCUAUUCACAUCCCUUUCUCUCUGCCACAAGAUUUCUUUCAAACCCUUAAUCCUUCUAGCAAUGCUGGUCCAAUGGAAGAAUCUCAUCCUUUUUCCAAGGUUGCCAACCAAGAGGAAGUAAAAUUUGAACCAUCAAAAACUGGCAAAUCUCAGAAUUUGAUAGAAAAACAUUAUGUGCAAGAAGAGACUGAUGAUUGUGGACUAUCAUUAUCCCUCUCAUUGCAUCAUCCAUCGACUCAGAUCAGCAAUGUUUCUUCCACAAGUGAGAUAAGCGAGGCGAUUUCUUCGUACUCUAGGAACUUCAAUGACUGCUCUGGGUCAUAUUUAGUCCAGCAUACUGUUAAUCUGGAUCUAUCAAUAGCUCUAUGAAUUUCAUCAUGGAAAUUGCUGUCCUGGUGGGAGUGUUCUUGUCUAUAAUGUUUUCGGCUCGAGUAUGGAUUUUGUGUACCAUUUUAGGCUUACAUUUUGUAUUAGUUUUCUAAUUCAAAGUUCUUGAACAUUGCCUCUA